AUGACCCACACGGAAGAGCAAAGGCAGAGGCAUGCGCCGACCCUGCCGCCAAUGCUUGAGGUUGACAUCGGUGAUGCGGUUGCUUUCCGACAUAAGCAGAAGUGGGAACUUGGAUGGAUAACCAGUGUUUGGCGCACCUUUGCUGCCAAAUCUGGAGGCGGGCAGCUUGUCGCAAGAGCGCUUGCGCGUGGCAACUUGCAUGCGGCUCGGGUUGUGUGUGCGUCUCUGGACUCAAGCGAUGACAAGGUCUACAGGUGCUCUCGUGAGUCUCCAAGUUUCAUCAUUUCAUACGAAUGCCUUGGCCUGAAGAUGAACGCCGAUGUCACGAAAGGUGUUGACGGUAUCAAGAUGAAACUUGAUGAGGCCAGUGCUCGUGCGAUGGUGGACCUCAGUGAGAGCCCGCCAGAGGAUCAUGACAAGAUGGUGAAGAAGUCCCAACCGGUGAAGCGAGGCAAGAAGUACAUCCCUCCUACAACAGAGAACUUCAAGCGAAGCAAGAAAGGGUUUCAGCUCAUGGUUCAAGAGUUGCGAAAGGCAUUGGAAGAUCAGGCAAAACGAAUGCCAUCCAAGUCCCUUCUCAACACCGACAAGACGAAGGUCGCUUACAAGCACCAGUCCCAGAAGGGAACCAUCGACAUGCGAACUCUGUUGAAGAAAGCCCCCCUUUUUUGGACGCCUUCUUCGUUGGCACGCGCAAACGAACAGAGUUUGCCAUCAAGGUGCAGGGCUGGUACCAGACCAUCUUCAAGGGCAUUGAAGAGUACAAGGCCGAGCCGCUGCAUGAGAUGGUGGCACUCAUCUCCAUGUUCCAACCAGCUGCUCUGCAUACCUAUGUGCCGGACGAUGAUGCCGAAGAUGAAGAGGAUGCGCAGGACGAAGACGAUGCCGAAGAGGGGGAGGAUUUCUGAGAAUUAG